AUGGCGCCUGUCCCCGUCUACUUCGAGCUUAGCUGGUCAAUACUCAGCACCAUCGGGGCUGCCAAUGUCUUUUUUGGCUUUGUGAUUGCCAGCAUCACGAACUUCUCUCCCAUCGCUGCCGUUCCCAUCGUUACCUCGGCCGCCGGCUCCGUUGCAAAUGGCCUCUGCUACUACGCCUUCUACUUGCCCUCCAUCCCGGUGACAAACCGGCUUGUUGCCUCGGUCUUCGCGGACGUACUAUGGCUGGUCCAAGAAGCGGGAGUGUCCUUCUACAGCUACAUCAUCCUCAGCCGUAUUCUGCUCGGCAGGCCGUGGUAUAUCUUCGCAGGCUCGUUCUGGACCAUCAUGGUCGGCAUUGCCGUUGCCCGCAUCCUGAUCGCCAUCACCCGCGCGAGGUGGCAUGCGAGCGGUUCCAGCGAGCUCCAAGACAUGGUCAACUACAUGCAUAUGGUCUACUUCCCCCUGAUUGCUCUGCUCGAGUGCGUUAGCGCCUACUUUCUGCUGGCUACUUUCGCAAAAGCCAAGAACGACGUCCUCAAACACGGUAGCAAAGCCGACAUAUUCCAUUACCUGAUGUGCAGCACGGAGGUUCGCCUGGCGCUCCUAGCAGUCAUUGGUGUCAUGCGCGCCGUCACGUACUCAUUCCAGUCCAAGCCCCAGCGCGCAACCGGUGUGGCUGGCCAGGUGGACCGCUUCGCCUACACGAUGGAAUGCCUCUUCCCUAUCAUGCUCUACAUCGACCUGCUUUCGUCCAAGAUUGUCUCGGCGCAGCGAGCCUACAACAUCCCCACGCCCAGCAGGCUGGGGCCAUCCUCCCCCCAGGGGCAGUCUGCCACUGAGCUCGGUGGGGAUGUCGGCGCACCGUUCCAGACCAGCGAAGUCAGCCACGCACUUGGCCCUCACAGCUUCUCGGCGGCCGACUCAGGAUUUGCUAGGGUAGAUUCAUAUGAGCACGUCCUAAGAGGGUGA